UCCUUCCUUCCUUGACUUAAGAUAUUAAGUCUUGUUAUUUCGAUAGUAGUUGUAAUGGUAGACGGACACUGAAUAUCUUGAACAAAAGCAACCAUAGUUUCGUAGCUUUGUAUUCGAAAAGUUGUCAACAUAUGCCUAAAAUGGAUAAUGAAAAACUGGUUCAAGAGAAAAACGAUGCAAAUACCGUUGAAAAUAUACCAAUCAUCGUGUUUAUGUCAAUUGUUUGCUCUGCUGGCAUCAUCGGCAAUUUCGUCGCCUUGCUAUUCUACGUUUCAAGGAAAGAUAAAUCAGCUGCAACUUUAGUGCUUACUGCACUGUCUGGAAACGAUUUGAUUUGCUCUAUAGUACUGCUUUCAUCUACAGCUGGGCUCGUUCAUUCGAUGACGUACACAAAUGUGGCGGCGUGCAAACUUCAAGGCUUCCUGAACCACGUCUUUGUUAUGAAUUCCAUGUUGUUACUAUUCAUCUUAGCCCUGGAUCGGUACUUCAGUAUCUGCCAGACAUCAAAAUGGAAGUCACUAUUUGCAAGAAGGAAACCAGUGGUGUGUAACAUCGUUUGCAACACAGGACUAUCAAUCCUGUUUUCAAUACGAGAACUUGUCUUUUUCAAAGUUGAGCCCAUAGAUUUUAUUGUAGCCGAGAAUGUUACCGUCAUGGGUAACCACUGUAUGAUUACUAGAGAAAAGCGUCUCGCAAACAUUGCCACCGCCUUUAACAUUAUUGAUUUCAUUGUGAUCCUCGUUAUAAUGAUCGUAAUGCUAACUUUGUACACACUCAUCAUACGCAAAGUUUCUGCUGUUGGUAAACGUCGUCGUUUAACGCUCAACAAUAGUGCUACGGUCGAUAGGCAAUCGACUAAAGUUUCGGACAUUUCUUCUACUGCCGAAAAACAAACACCAAAUGAAACAACCGUUGUUGUAAGAAAUAGUCCUUCAACUAUUCGCCCAAACACAACUUACGUUAGCACCACAGAUCACUGGAGCUCGACAAUUGAAAGACGGCUGACGCAGAUGGCAUUUGUUCUUACGUUGGCAUCUGUCCUGAGUUUUGUCCCUUACUUCGUCGUGUCAAUAAUAGCUUCAAUUCAUAAAGUUCUGCCGAUUUGGACUAGGAUUCUAUAUAGGUCUUAUGCUUUGAAUUCCACUGUGAACCCUUAUCUGAUAGGAUACUACAACUCGAAAUUUCGGGAGUUCAUAAAAAAUAUAAUUACUUGUCGUUUCUUGCAGCGUUUAAGAAAACAUUAAAAGUUUAAAAUAUUUACUGUGAAAUCUACAUCUCCUCGUGUAGAAUACUGCACAUCCUGUUACAAUGUUACUUAACGCAAACAUUUAAAUUGUAUUACGAUCGUUGGAUCAUCAACUGAUAAUGUAUGCACCGUUAACGCACAUUGUAAAAGCGGAUAAAUAAUUCAUUUAUUCAUUCUGUAAUAAAACAAGAUGUUUCUUUGAAAAAUUUCCUAUGUUGUAAAAAUGUGAACUAGUAUUCGUUUAAAUUUCAAGAGUGUUUCUCUAAUCAACCGAAUGACAUGUAUCAUGCAGCAGUGUUUUGUUUUAUUGUAUGGGAUUAAGUGUUGACUAUAUAUUUUAUUGAUCUAGACUUUAAACAAAGAUUUCAAAUGUAAUUUUCAAAUUUAAUUCAUUAGAAGUAGCGAGGAAUUUCAACGGACAUGAAAGUUGUAUUAUAUUGCCUGUAGGCUGUACUAUUGCAUUUUUUUAAAAUUAUUUAAUGUAUUGUAUACUUUUCGCGAAAGUAAUUAAGUCGCAUAUAUGCCUCUAGAUCAGCUAUAUAUGUUUCGCAUAGAUGGUCGACGUUAGGGUUUGAUUCAUAUUAAUUUACUAGUGUAUAUAGAUGGGUAUAUUACUUUUAGACCUUCCAGAUUGCUGUCUAAAGAAAAUAUUAAUUAAGGAACCAUAUCCCUAUAUAUCAACUAUAGUUUCGUUUUUCGUAUGGGUGGUCAACAAAUGGAUAAUACUAAUACUAAAACCAUACUUCACUACAAGUAAGUGUAACAUAUUUGGAAGUAUUAUUUUUUAUCAAACAGCUUAAACAUGAUCAGCAUUUCUCAAGCCUGUAUUUCUAAAAUUAUUUAAUAUUAAUAAUAAUCUCACGAAAUCACAUACAUAUGUUUAUUCUGUAUAUUGUAAAUUGAUCUUUAUUCGAAAUGAUGUAUAUUUUAUACUCACUUUAUGCACUUAUUGUAUAUUUAUGUAAAUGAAGAAUCGUUUAACAUGCUAAAGUCUGAAUAAACUAUUCUAUUCUGUUCUGUA